AUGUUGCUAUCACUGAUCCUGUUCCCUGUUGCGUUGGCGGAGUCUUUUUGGAUGACAGCCGAACUUUUGCGAGUGGAUUGGAGAGAGGGUUGUCUGACCACCGCAGGAUGUUCUCAACCCAGAUUUAAGUUACUCGAGGACAUGCUUCCACUUACUGAGAAGAUAUCCAUCAGUUGGCCUGUAUCCGAACAUUUUGUGCAGGACUCGUCGCGCUCCUUUGUAUCGCACUGGGCGAACGGCAAGCCGGAAGACGUGACAUUGUCGUGCCAAGUCGUUGGCACCGACCCAACCUACGGUUUCCCGCGAGUUUGCGACCAAACUGCGUCGAUCCGCAUAUUCCAGGACGGAGUCGUGGAGGCGUUUGGCCGGAAUCGACGCCAUCAGACCACCACGACCGCUGUCCCUGAGGACGAGUUAGGGAAGAAGCUAAUUGAGAUCCGUGCCAAAUGUUUCAAUGCUACAGUGGCAGUUCAAAAGCACACAGAAAGGUGUCCAUGGUGCCCCGAUCCGUCAGACGUGACGCUUAUCGAGCAAAGACUGCCAGAAGAUGUCUCCACGUUCUCAGCGUCGAUCUUGUCGCAGUUGAAGGGCGACGACCGUAUUUUGCAUGUAUCCGUACUAGUUCUGGCAGGUAUCGCCAUAUUGGCAUCUCUGGGCUUCGCUUGUGUGCUCGUCGCCUUCCUUCGACAAAAAAGGACUCAUCGCCAGAUCUCCGUGAAACCACGCUAUCAGCCGUAUUCUCCCUCCAGCUGCAAGACCGCUGAUGAUGAGAAUCGCUACGAUAUGCCGUGGGAACAAACGCGUCCGCUCACCUACUGGCUGUCUUCCUCAUCGAAAUCCGAGGCGACGACGACGUCGCCGCUCGACUCAGCCUCUUCUCUCGGCGCUCAGUCGUCCAUCGUCGCUCCGUACACCUUCCGAUCCGGAUGUACGAUACCGCAGACGCACCUCUACCACCACAUUUCUCCGAACUCUUCCAUUGGUCCGGGGCAUGAUUCCGGGCUGGAAUCCGUCUAG